AUGGCUUUUUUGACAUCCGACCAACAUUGGAAUAAUUUAGCUGAAAAAAAUAAAAAAUCUUUAUUUAUGGAGGAGAGUGAUUUUGCUUUAAUAAAUAUUAUUCCUGGUGAAUUUCCUCAAUAUGCUGGUGAUUGUCCAAAUGUAUUACGUCAGGUUGCUGAUAUAAAUGAUAUAUCAAAUAUUCCUAAUGAUGAUAUAAAUAAAAUUAAUAAUGAUAAAAAAAAUUCAGCAUUAGAAAAUGAAAUAGUUUAUAUUAAAAAAUUAAGACAAGAAUUAUUUAUAAAUAUGAUAAAAUUAGAGAUAUUAGAAACUAAAUUGUAUAUUUUGGAGGAGGUUGUUCUGCUAUCAAAAACUAUAACAUCACCAUCAUCAUCAAUAAAAGAUUCAUUAAAUGUUGCCUCCAGUAUAGAUGAUAAUAAAAUGAGAGGAAAAUAUUCUUCAAUAUUAUAUGAAUUUUCUGUUAAUGUUUGUGUUGUCGUAACAUAA